GAAGGCUGUGGAAUCAAACGACAUCCACAACAGACACGAAUCAAUCUAGUUUGACAAUGGAGUCUUAACUCAAUCCUCUUCAUCUCUCUUUCUUACUUUGCUUCCAUUUUUAACCCAACGGUACAACCAGCAGAUCCAAUCCACUCUGAUUCAAUGGUCAAAGCCCGAGCUUUUAUACAAUCCCAAUGAACCCUCGAACCCAAAAAGCCGAGGCUCAAAAAAGCAGCUUCUGGUUGCGUCUUCAACAACCCCAUCUUCGAUUUCCAGCCCUAACCUUUUCCAUCUCACCGAGUAAUCCUUUUCCUAGCUGAAAAUAUGGAUUUUGAAUCACACCCACGUGUCCGAACCUCAAUUUCUUCCUUUCCUUUCCCAUUUCCCUUCUUUCUUUGACCUAAUCAAUUCCCUCUUUUGCUGUUGAGCUUCGUGUUUUAGCUUCACAAAUCUUGGUUGCGGAAUCUGGAGCUGAUCUGUUGUUGAUUCUUCUCUGAAGAUGGUAUCCAAGGGUUCGCCGGAUUGGCUUCCCUCUGGCUGGACCGUGCAGUAUAAAGUCCAGAAGACGGGCCGGAAAAUUAGGUUCUAUACGAACUUGGAGACUGGAAAAAGCUUUUAUUACAAGGAUGAUGUUAUUGGCUAUAUUAAAAGCACUCAGUCUCAAAAGUCUCAACCGACUUUGAGGCGCAUCAAAACUCAGUCAGGAAAUAGUCCAGUACAAGUCACGGUGAAAACAAAUGAACACCCUGAAUGGUUGCCUGCUGGCUGGAAAGUGGAGUCAAGAACACGGAUGAGUGGUUCAAAUGUUGGAGCUGUUUACAAGUGUUACAUUGAUCCAGUGACGGACAACAGAUUUUAUUCUAAGCCAGAGGUAUUUCGAUAUCUCAGAACUGUAAAGAACAAAUUGUGCACAUUGAAAGAGAGAAGGACAAGCAACAACACGAACUCUAGGAGCCAAGUUGUUAUUGAGCAUUAUAAAGAUGAAGAUUUGCCGCCUGGAUGGAUAAAGGAAAUCAAGAUCAAAGAAAAAGCGGAUGGCAUUAGGAAAGACCCGUUCUACAUAGAUCCAAAAUCUGGAUACAUAUUCCGCUCCAAGAAGGAUGUUUUCCGCUAUCUCGAGACUGGAGAGAUCAGUAAACAUGCAUUUAAACCAAGGGAAGGGGGGGAUGACGAUCAAGAGUUGAUAAGUGACAAAAAAUCACGACCUUCUACUGUUAGAGGACAGAAACUGGAGCACUCUGCAGCAACCCCACAGCCUCUUGCAGGUGAGGCAAUGCCGACAGGGAGACGUUCAAAACCUCCAGGAGUCCACAUUCAACAGUUGAAGCGAAACAUGUUUUCUGAACUGAAAGAUGGUGUAUUUCCUCCUGUUGAAACUGUUGAAGUGAUUAUUUCAUCUCAAGAAGUGGUCAGGGAGUCUACUGAAAUCGAAGAGAAAAGUUAUGGAAGUUCAGCAUCUCCUAAAGCUGAUCAUCUAGAAGGAAACGAAACUGUAAGAGUAUCUUCAGAUAACGUACCAGUUUCAAUUUCUGCAUCUGAGUCGGACCAAGAGAAGGCAUUGCCAAAAGCUGAAAAGCUAGAAAGUAAUAAAAUUGAUACAUUAGUAACUCCAGAUAACAGUCCACUUUCAAUCACUACAUCGAAGCCGGAACGCGAGAAGAUUGCAAUCGGUAAUACGAUGGAAAGUGUUGAAAAUGGGGAAAAGACAAAAACGAGGAAGUUCAAGAAGAAGAAAGACAUCAACUUGCCUCGGAGGUCUUCAAAACGACUUGCUGGAAUUGAACCAGAGUUGGUGCCUAAAGAAGAGGCAAAAGAAGUUCCUCAAGCUUCAAAUGGAAGUAGUUUCACUGAAGUUAGUCCAGAUGCUGGCCUAACUGUGAAAGCAGAUGCAGAUGUCCACAAUGCAGAUGAAGCAUCCCAGCAGCUUGAUGUGAGGUCGGAAAAAGAUAAUAAAGAUCAUGUACCUAAUCUCAAGGACACACCCUUGCAUGAAAAUCCUUCUAAUAAGAGAAAAACUCCUCCUGCAUGCGGCCUCGAUGUCCCAGAAGAGAAAAUACAGAGAGUAGAAACCGAAAAGGAGGAUGACAGAAAGAUGGAAGCACAGCUGAAUGUUCCAAUCGCUGAUUUUUGGUCAGACCCAUGUUUGGAAUUUGCAAUCAAGACUCUUACGGGUGCAUUGCCGGUGGAGAAUGCCACUACCACUGAUGAGCCGGUUUCUACUCCUACAGUCGACUUUCUGCAAGGACAGAGCUCUGUAAAAACUGGGCCUGGAAGUUGCAUGAAUAAGAGAACUCAAGGGAACAAAAGAUUCAAGAACAAGAAAGAGCCCACCUCAAAUCGUCAAUCUUCAAGUAUUAAUGGGCUCAAACCUGAUUUGGCAUCAAAUAUAAUUUCCUUUGAACAAGCGAACCCAAACAAUCAUUCAAAUGAAGCUGUUUUGGCUUUUAAUUUAGCAGAUGGUAGAAUACAUGGACAACCACAAAGUAAGAAUGAACAAAAUAGAACAUCUUGCCAAAUCUUGCCAUCUAGUGAGCUGCUUCAUCCCCCGCCGGAGGUAAAUUCCGAACGAUUUAACAGGACCAAUGCAUAUCACGAGAGCAGCAAAAUGAUGCUCGAUGAUCCGCAUCAAAUGUUUCAAACAAAAGACCAUACGACAUCCGAAGCUCCAUUAUCUUUUCCAUUUGGGGAUUCCUGGGCAGAUCCAUGCUUGGAUUUUGCAUUCAAGACUCUCACAGGUGCAAUACCAAUAGACGAUAGUCUGGAAAUUCAAAGCUUCUUUGAGGAGCGGCUUGAAUCCUCUCGCAGCCAAAAAGACAGUAGCCCAGCAUUGCCAGAUUUUGGAUCCCUUAACCUCUUCCAAAAUGAUAUAUCAUCCCACUUCGACGGACCCGAAAAAUCUGUUUCAGCACAGCACUUGAGUUUAGAUCCUCAACUGACUCUGGGGAAUGUUAGUCAACCAAGCUACAGUGGAUUCACUUCUCAACAGCAGUCUUCCGUAGAUAGAAACAGAUCUUUUAGGGGGAGGUGAAGUUUUAGAGGAAAGUGUAGCUUCGAUGUAAUAACAGCACAUUUCUUCUUUUAGCAAAUCUGUAUCAUAAUGGAUGCUCGAAUUCUGGCAUUUCACAUUCAGCAACUCCCACGUAAAACUCGAACCACUUUGUACCAUUUGCCAGAAAUAGAAGAAAACAAAUUCCUAAUUUUUAA